CGAAUAACGUUGCAGCAGGCGUACGGAACCAGCGAACAGUAGGCACCUAGCGAAUGCUGACGGCCAUCCGUGACUGCAUUCCGAAAGUCUGUAGCUUCCCUGCCUUCGAGAAAAGUGUCCUCGUCAACCAGUGUAGAAAAGGCCAAACCAAUUUAUCAGCAACCAUAUCGACCCCGCGGUUCGCUGGAAAGGAGUUUUUUUCCAUCUUCUGCGCCCCUGCACCUGCACCUCCCCCUGCUUCCUUCACGCCCUACUGACGGACGUGCGCUGUGUGCGUGCGUGCCUGUGUGCAUCAGUGGGUCGCAAGGGGUUUAUUGACCGCCAGCGAGCCACGGAGUGCGAAGAGCGAUUGCACAUCUCGGUAGCUAGAAAAGCAGCGUACAGUUUGGCCAACCGUUAGGGGAAGACACGCAAAAAGUGGCCACACCGAAGCGGCAUGCUGUUGUGCGGGGGCAGGUGACCGUGUGUGCUGUGUUGUGUGCAGCGCUAAACUUGGCGUAUCUCUCUCCUCCACUCUGCUGACGGCGUAUGGCCACGGCGUAAAAGAUAAAACUUGGCUGCAGUUUGCACAUCACCAACAAUCAAAUAUCCUUCCAACCAACCGUUCCGAGGCUCGCAGUUGGGUUCUUUGGCCCGUAGAAUCUCUCGCACUGUUCGCACCGAGCCGGCUGCAAUCAAACUAGCAACGAGCUGCUGCAACGCAACGGUACAGCUGACAUUGGUCCGGGCCAAUCUUGGACCGAAGCGACGAAACGAUGGCACUGAAAAUGGUAAAAGGCAACCUCGAGCGGAUGUUUGACAAAAAUCUCACCGAUCUGGUGCGCGGCAUACGCAACAACAAAGAUAACGAGGCCAAGUACAUCGCCCAGUGCAUCGAGGAGAUCAAGCAGGAGCUGCGGCAGGACAACAUCAACGUGAAGAGCAAUGCGGUGGCCAAGCUGACCUACCUGCAGAUGUGCGGCUACGACAUCUCGUGGGCCGGCUUCAACAUCAUCGAGGUGAUGAGCUCGAACCGGUUCACGUGCAAGCGGAUCGGCUAUCUGGCCGCCAGCCAGUGCUUCCACCCGGACAGCGAGCUGCUGAUGCUGACGACGAACAUGAUCCGGAAGGAUCUCAGUUCGACCAACCAGUACGACGCCGGGGUCGCCCUGUCCGGGCUGAGCUGCUUCAUCUCAACCGAUUUGUCGCGGGAUCUCGUCAACGAGAUCAUGACACUGAUGAGCUCGACCAAGCCCUACCUGCGCAUGAAAUCCGUCCUGAUGAUGUACAAAGUGUUCCUGCGGUAUCCGGAAGCGCUCCGGCCCGCCUUCCCGAAGCUCAAGGAGAAGCUGGAGGAUCCGGACCCGAGCGUGCAGUCGGCGGCGGUCAACGUCAUCUGUGAGCUGGCGCGCAAAAACCCCAAGAACUACCUGUCGCUUGCGCCCAUCUUCUUCAAGCUGAUGACGACCUCAACGAACAACUGGAUGUUGAUUAAGAUUAUCAAACUGUUUGGUGCUUUGACUCCGCUAGAACCCCGAUUAGGAAAAAAGCUAAUUGAACCGUUAACCAAUUUAAUCCAUAGCACCUCCGCGAUGAGUCUGCUGUACGAGUGCAUCAACACGGUGAUUGCAGUGCUAAUAAGCAUCAGCAGCGGCAUGCCGAACAACAGCCCCUCGAUACAGCUGUGCGUGCAGAAGCUGCGCAUCCUGAUCGAAGACUCGGACCAGAAUCUGAAGUACCUCGGGCUGCUGGCGAUGUCGAAGAUUCUGAAGACGCACCCGAAGAGCGUGCAGACGCACAAGGAUCUGAUACUGGCGUGCCUGGACGACAAGGACGAAUCGAUCCGGCUGCGGGCGCUCGACCUGCUGUACGGCAUGGUGUCGAAGAAGAACCUGAUGGAGAUCGUGCGCCGCUUGCUCGGGCACAUGGAGCGCGCCGAGGGUUCGUCCUACCGCGACGAGCUGCUGUACAAGGUGAUCGAGAUCUGCUCGCAAGGCUCGUACCAGUACGUGACCAACUUCGAGUGGUACCUCACCGUGCUGGUGGAGCUUAUCCUGCUGGAGUCGGGCUCGCGCCACGGUGCCUUGAUCGCCGCCCAGCUGCUGGACGUGGCGAUCCGCGUGCAGGCGGUGCGCACGUUCGCGGUCAACGAGAUGGCGUCGCUGCUGGCGACCUACCCGGCGUCCGGGGCGCCCCACGGCACGAUGCCGGAGGUGCUGUACGCGGCCGCCUGGAUCGUGGGCGAGUUCGCGUCGCACCUGGACGAGCCGGAGCGCACGCUGGCGGUGCUGCUGCGCCCGAAGCCGGUCGUCGGCCACAUCCAGGCGGUGUACGUGCAGAACGCGCUCAAGCUGUUCGCCUUCCUCCUGGGCAGCGCCGAGCGGGCGGCCGACCUCGCCAAGGUGACCGGCUGCUGCCAGCUGAUGCUGGUCGGGCUGCGCGACUUCCUCAGCUCGGCCGACAUCGAGGUGCAGGAGAGGGCCAGCUCGGUCGUCGCCCUCGUGCGUCUCCUGCGCGACAACAUCAGUGACGACCAGGGAGGAGAUGACACAACCACAGUCGCCACUGAGCAAGAGAAGACUGCCGCCGCCAACAUUAUCGAACUGACGCUAGACGAUCCAUCGCCGGGCGUGGUCGGUGACGGUGAGACGCAGCCGGAUGCCAGCUCCACCACCACCACCACCACGACGGAGGCCGAUACCCCACGGUGGCAGUUCGUCCGGCAGUUCGUGGGCGAAUUGCAAGGGCUGCUGGAGAGCGAGCUAAACCCGGUCGCACCGAAGGCCCAACGGAAGGUGCAGCUGCCCGAAGGGCUCGACCUGGACGAGUGGAUCAACACCCCGCCCGACUCGGCGAACGCGAGCAGUGCCGAUGACAACUCGAGCGAUGACGACGGAGGCGGCGGCGGUGGUGGACGCGGUGGUGGCGUUGGCAAGUUCCCGCUCUUCCUCACCGAAUCUUCGGGACGGGAGGCGAACGGCGGUGGCGGCACCCGAUCGUCUUACAAGCGUAUCGAGUAUACCCAGGACGAGCUCAACAAGAUGCGCGAGGCUCGGCUGCUCGAGCAGACCAACAAUCCCAACUAUCUGAAGCCGGCCAAGCAACCGAUGAAGAAACCGACUGACGGUGGUGGUGGUGGUGGUGGUCCCACCAUCGACGGCUACGACGACAUACCGAUCGCGGAGAUUGCCCUCGAAGUGCCGCUGCAAAUACAUUCCACGAAACGAUCUGACAAAUACCUGAUGGAAGCGGAAAGCAACCGACCGUCGAAGAAAGAGGGACGCGCUGGUGGGCGCAGCGGCUCGGCAAAGGACGGUGGCGGUGCGGACGGCAAGCGCAGCUCCUCGGGCAAGAAGUCGUCCAAGCGGCUCGGCAAGAAGGGAAAACGCUACGCCGUCGAGUCGGAUUCGGAAAGUGACGAUCCGAAGCCACUGCACGUGGUCAACACGGUCAUUGAACUGCCCGAGGGUGCGAUCCUUUCCGACUCGGAGGACAAAAAUAACGACGACCCGGACGAUCCCCACCGGGCGUUGGACAUCGACCUGGAUGCUCCGUUCGAUGAUGACGCUCCUUCGUCGCGGGAAAUCAAACGGAAGGCGAACGCCGCCGGCCAGCAGCGUGUCACGGCCGGUGGUGGCGGAGGGCUGCUGCAGACGGCGCGGGUGGAACCACGCGCCAAACCGCACCAGCGGGAAGGCGAAACGGACCGGCCGCAACCGGACGGGCCAAUCGAACGGAAACAGCGCUCCACCUCCACCAAGCACCAGUCGAAGAAGGUGAAAAGCCGAGCGGAGAAUGAAACCGGCCCGGCGGACGGCGACGGCGAGAAGAAGGCGCGCAAGGAGCGCAAGAAGAAGCAUAAGUCGAAGAAGGGCGCCGCUACCGACGAGGAGGACGCGCUCGUGGUGCUCGAUUCGAAGGAGGAGGACGCCGGCGACGAGCUGCUGGCCACGGAAAAGCCGUCCCGCAGGGAAAAAUCGAAGAAGGGCAAGGGCCGCGAUGGAGGGGAUGCGAUGCUGCUGAUGACGGAGGACGACCCGGUGGCGGCAACCAAGGAGGGCAGCAGUGGCGGGCAGAAGAAGAAGCACCACAGCAAGAGCAGUAAAUCGAAAGACCGAAGGGGAGGAGGAGCGGCGGCGGCGGCGGCACCGAAGCAGGGGUACGAGGAGAUGCCGACGCAGGGGGGCGGCGCGAAGGAUGCGAUGAUUUAAUAUCCGGCUUCCGGCAACCUGACCCCCUGCUCCCUCGCUGCCCCUCCUCCCUCAUGCUGCUCUGUCGGUGUGGUGCCGCCAAAAAUCCACCCGAUUUCUCUUCACCGGCACCGGCACCGGCCAGUUAGGGUUUACCGAUUCGCUUCGGAAACCAUCGAGAUUACGCUGCUGGAUGCAGCGCAGUGCGACGAACAAAAACCCCCCUCACCCCAGGCGAGACGAAAGACCCCCGCUCCUGCCGAAAACUCGUCGUCGGUUGGGGCCACGCUUUCGCUGGCUGACUCAUGUUAGAAUGGCGGACAGCGGUUCUAAACCGCACGUUGGAUGCACCUGCUAGCGCCGGUUUCUUACGUCGCAGCCGUCGCAAGCGAAGCAGCGGGUCAACUAUUCUACCACUACAUUAAAUUUUCUAAGAACCACCCACAACUGUAAAGAUGAACAUACUAUUAUUACCAUUAACAUUAUGCUAUUAAAACAA